GGGAUUCGGUGUCGGUGCGGUCGGGAUGCUGCCGCGGGGAACGGGCAGGGCUUCGGUCUAGAACUCGGCUGUCCCUGUCCCUCGGCCCCGGCACAGCCUGGCCCGGUACCCCGGUAGCGGCUCUCAUCACGCAGCCGGGGCCGCGGGCGGGAGCGCUCCGGUGGCAUGCUUACUGCCGUGAGACACGCGUGAGGAGGGGGUUUGCAUAAAGGGGAGGGAGGCCCGGCCCCCCCUGACCGGGUCGAAAUUGUGCCGUGGAAAAAGUUGCGGCUGUUUUAGAGCCAGGCGGUGUGAGCAGAAGAGAGCGUUGCGGUACCUGGUAAAUCCGCUGGCUUCAGAGAAGAGCAGCCCCGUAGCUCAGCACUUCCUUCUCCCGAUAAGAUCUUCGCCUGCGCUCGUCACGGGUGGCGGCUGCCGCCGCUGCCCCACUUGAAUUGGUUUCAGACUCCUCCCGCUGCGAGACGGGGAGCGGGAGAGCGGCGAGGCGGGAGGAGGAAGGAGGCGAUGUGCGGGGACGCCCUGCUCCCCACGGCCUCCACCGCCCCGCAUAUCCCCGCUGCCUGCGUUGCUGGCAGAGCCGGCCGGGCGGCGGAGCCGCGGCUGGCACCGACAUGGGAACCUUAGGGAAAAGAAGAGAAAACCAGCAGCCUGCCCAAGCAUGUGGCACUGCCCCUGAAGCACUUGAGCUGAAGCACAUUGGUCACUGUCACAGCCUUUCAAAUACCACCCAGGUCACGAUGGUGCCAUUGGGGCAUUUAGCCAAAGGGGCCACUUUGGAAGAUCUACUUGAAACCUGCAUUCAGUCUUUUGAUUUAGAAGGAAAUGCAUAUCGAAACAAACAGCUGCUAAAGAUAAUUCUGGCUAUGCAUCAGUUUAUCAUCUCCUCUGCAGAUAUGCUCCGGAAACUCAUUGAUCUCUAUCUCAAUGCUUUAGAAAAUAAAUCUUCCACAAUGUGUGUGAAGAUAUGCUAUUUUGUGAGGUAUUGGAUUACAGAGUUCUGGGUUAUGUUCAAAAUGGACUCUAAACUGUCCACCACUAUGGAGGAGUUUCAAGAACUGGUUAAAGCUAAUGGUGAGGAGUUACACUGCCGUCUGAUUGACACGACUCAAAUAAAUUCUAGGGAUUGGUCUAGAAAGCUGACACAGCGUGUCAAGGCCAACACCAGUAAGAAACGGAAAGUCUCUCUGCUUUUCGAUCACCUUGAGCCAGAGGAGCUUUCAGACCACCUCACCUAUCUUGAAUUCAAGUCUUUCAGAAGGAUAUCAUUCUCAGAUUAUCAAAACUACAUUGUGAACAGUUGUGUGAAGGAGAAUCCAACAAUGGAAAGAUCAAUUGCUCUUUGCAAUGGAAUCUCUCAGUGGGUGCAGCUGAUGGUUCUCAGCAGACCAACACCACAGCUUCGGGCUGAAGUGUUCAUCAAAUUCAUUCACGUUGCACAGAAGCUCCACCAGCUGCAGAAUUUCAAUACAUUAAUGGCAGUGAUAGGAGGUCUCUGUCACAGUUCUAUUUCCAGGCUGAAGGAAACCAGCUCAUGUGUUCCUCAUGAUGUAAUUAAGGUGUUUAAUGAAAUGACAGAACUACUUUCAUCUUACAGAAAUUAUGACAGUUACCGGCGUGCCUAUAAUGAGUGCAGUAACUUUAAAAUUCCAAUCCUUGGGGUCCACCUGAAAGACUUGAUAUCUCUUCAUGAAGGCAUGCCAGACUAUUUAGAUGACAAAAAAGUUAACAUAUAUAAACUCUACUCUCUGUAUAACCACAUAAAUGAGCUGAUACAACUCCAGGAAAUGCCACUUCCUCUGGAGGCUAAUAUGGACCUUGUUCAUUUGCUUACGCUGUCCCUUGAUCUUUAUUACACAGAAGAUGAAAUUUAUGAACUUUCAUAUGCACGAGAGCCACGAAGUCACCGAGCUGCUCCUUUGACACCUUCCAGACCACCCGUAGUUGCAGACUGGGCCUCAGGAGUAGCCCCAAAACCUGAUCCAAAAACCAUCAGCAAGCAUGUUCAGAGAAUGGUGGAUUCUGUCUUCAAAAACUAUGACCAUGAUCAGGAUGGAUACAUUUCCCAAGAAGAAUUUGAAAAGAUAGCUGCCAGUUUUCCAUUUUCAUUUUGUGUAAUGGCUAAAGACUGGGAAGGUCUGAUUAGCAGGGAUGAAAUAACAGCUUACUUUAUGAGGGCUAGCUCAAUCUAUUCCAAAUUAGGACUUGGCUUUGCUCACAACUUUCAAGAGACCACUUACUUAAGACCUACUUUCUGCGACAACUGUGCUGGAUUUCUAUGGGGAGUCAUUAAACAAGGAUACAGAUGCAAAGACUGUGGAAUGAACUGUCACAAGCAAUGCAAAGACAUGGUGGUGUUAGAAUGCAAGAGAGGACCCAAACUUUCAGUUGCAGACAGCAGCCCAACAGCUGCUCUUGCUUCAAGCCUCUGCCCAGUAGGAGUAAAAGAGCAAUUCCAUGGACAUGAAGAAGGAGUGUUCACAAUUCCUAAUGGAGAAGUAGUGGUACACAAUGAAGACAGCAAGGACCGAACAAUUAUGCUCAUGGGUUCCUCAGCUCAGAAAAUCUCAGUGAGACUGAAACCAGCUGUGGUUCAUAAAGGUACCCAGACUGAUCCCCUUCUGCUGCCUGGUGAGCUACCAUCUCGUAGGCAGAGAGAGAAGAAAGAACAUAGGAUGCCAGAAAAUCCUUAUCUCCAGGCAGUUCCAUCAUCCCCAUGGCCAAGCCCACUUCUAGCCCGCAAGAAGGCCUAUGUUAAAUGGGAAAACAAGGACUCCAGCCAGAAGAUGAAGGAGGAGCAUCACAGCUAUAAACCAUCAUACCAGGAACUUGAGCAGGAACGGAAUAUUCUGAAGGCAGAUAAUGAAGGUUUAAAAAUCCAGCUGGAACAGGCACAUAAAACAAUCGAAUCUCUCACCAUCCAGGGAAGGAACCAUGUAGUCGACAACCUACAGCACAGAGACUGCUCCUAGCAGACAAGAACGGAAAUCUCCAAUGUAAGAAUGUAAGAUUGAGGAGAGGUUGUGAUAAAGCUGCUUUACCUACUGAACUGGAGAGACUGAAGCAUCUUAAACAGAACUAUUCUCUAUACUCAACACAUUUCCAUACUGAACAUGCACUCCCAAAUGUAUAAAUCCAUUCCUUUGACUUUUCAGAAGUAAUUUAGCAUUAUCUGUGCAAUGGAAAUAGUAUUAUCUUCUGGGCUUGCUUUAAAAGGAGUGACAUUGUUGUUCAAGUGCAGAUUCCCCAGUGACCUGACUAGCACCAGCACACCUUACUCUGUAAGUGUUCUGAGAAAGUAGCUAUUCAUAAGGCUGUGUCAUCCCAGACUUGGUCUAAGUUCAGGUUUGUAGUCACAAGUGUUCUAUAAAGCUGAGUAUUUAAGGAACCCUGUAGAAAUAUUCCAUGAAGACAAGCAGUUCCUUCUCACUGUGGCCGAAACAAAAUCAUGAUGUGAACUGCCAUCUUUAUUUCCAAAGUUUAACAUGAUUAUUAAGAUAACUAGCAGAGCUGAUGAUAUUUGAUUCUUAAGACAUUGUUAGAAUAAACUGACACUUUCAGAGCUCUUUCAGAGCUUUAGAGGUCCUACUGUUUGAAUGUUUCCCUUUGUUAAGGUGAAAGAUGAGACUACAGAAAAUUUACAAUGAACAUUUUUGUGUUCUAUGCUACAGCUUGGAACACAGCCCUUAUUUAGUUUAAAGGAUAACCUGUCCACAGACAGUAGAUAUGGAACAAGGGUAAUUAUUUUUGUCUCAUGUCAAAGUGGAUAUCAUUGUCAAGUAGAACUUGAGGGCCCAUAUUAUGAGAAUUAGAAACUGUUCAGUAAUUUCAAUGCAACAAAUACUUUAUUCCAGAGCUCCUAAUAUCUGGUUUGAACAAGGUUUCUCAAUUUUCUGUCUCCAAGAUUUCACAUGCACUUUAAGGCAAUGAGUCAAGAUGAGUGUGCUCUUCUGUGUGUAAAUUUUGUAUAGUAAAGGUGCUAGGGAGGUAACUUAGUUUUCAUAGAGCUAGACUGUGCAUGUAUUUUUGAGACAACAAAACAGGUUUUCAAGUUACUGAAAAACUACUUGUCAGAAUAGCCAAUUUUAAAAUCAUAGUUCCAUUUCAAGAGAGUCUGUACUCCUAGUUAUAUAAAACUUGCUUGCAUUAUCUACUGGAUUCCUCAUCACACAUUUAAACACCAGAAAUUUAGGACUUUGAUGUAUUUAUUUACAAAGCCUACUUAAUGCUCUGAAAAAUGGACUUAUACAGGUUUAGAUUGAAAUAGUGAACUUACUACAAUAGCAUAUGUGCUCUGUUCAGAAUGGUCUACAUGUACAUUCCAUCCACAAAUUGCAGUCAUUAUAAAUAAAGCAUUUACAUGCUUGAUUAAAGAAACUAUUUGCUAGUUCAGCAAUUCUAAAUCCUUGUUUUGACCUAGGAUUGUGCUUGCAUAUCUACGUAUGGAUAAAAACAAAUGGAGAGAAACAGUAGUAUUAGAUUUUCGUUUACCUUACUGUAAAUAAGUGAAAAGCAUAGGACAACAUCCAGCAGCUGUGAAGACUGCAACGUUUUUUCCUUGUACACUAAGCCUCAGUCAUUAACAAUUAACAUGGAAUUGCACUUUGUUCAAUGAAGCAGAGCUUUCAGGUCAUGUCUGCAAACUUGAUUUGCUCUUUUCUGUAAGCUUCUUUAUUUUUGUCCUUCAUUCAGGGAACUACAGCGGGGCAUAUUUCUAAUAGGCAUUUAGCAAAUAAAUGCCUGUUUCUGCAACAACUAAAAUAAAAAGAUAGAAGUUGGAUAAAUUUUCACAUAUUCUGAAAAUACCCCCCAAGAGCAGCUAAGAGUCAUAAACGUGCAGCUAAGGUAACUGCUCACUUGUGGCUAAACUCUGGAUUCUAAUAGAACUUGUAUGUAGGCAUGUACUUUGCCUACACUGAGGGGUGGGAAUCAUGAACAAACUCUGCUUUAAAAAGAAAAUUCUCUAACAUCAGCAGCUGGCACAAGUGCUACCGUGUUACUAGGUUGAGAACUUAACACUCAAAAUUGACUAUAGAUUUGUACAGUCUUAAAAUGCUAACUUAAUGUUUCUCUGUGUUUUCUUGUUCCUACAAACAGCCUGAAUGACUUAAAAGGGAUCUGUUUGCAGGAACAUCUUCUCUAUUAAGUACGUGGUGCUUCAUGUGUGCUGAAAACUUCCUGCUUUUAAGUCAGUUGAUACCUAGAGAAUUUCAGAGCUCUCAGAGUACCUUCAGGUUCUCUGUUUGCCCAAAAGCCUGUACAGCUUUCAAUUUGGGGGUUUUUGUGUUUGUUUUUUGAUGGUGGUAUUCUUUUGUGACUUCGUUUUUGCUGCAUGGAAGACUGAUAGCAGAAACUGAAUACAGGGAUACUGCUAAAACUGACAAAGCUACUGAACAAAAAUUACUCUCAUCUGUCUUAAUCGUCAACCUGCUUUAUGCUAGGGAAAAAAAGAUACAAAUAAAGGAGUCAGAGCUGUUUAAAAGUCACGUUAGCAAACUGAUACAGAAAUUUAACUUGUCAUGGCUGAUUUAUUCUUUUUCCUCCUUCAACUGUGUUUCCUGUACCUAUAGGAAGGAGAAAAAAACAAGUGGUCCCUCACCCCAACUACUGUUUAUUUUUUAAGUGUGAGUAAUACCACAAUUAACUAAGCAGGCCUACUGUUGAUAUUCAGAUUAAAUAUAACUGCCUUUAAUGUAGCUUAUCUAUGUUUUUGGAAAUAGUUCUUUGGUACAGUAGCAAUCUUCUAUUGCUGAAACUGAUCUCUAUGGCAACUUGAAAUUUUUUUGGUUUAAUGCUAUUUGAAAAGCUUGAAAAAGUGUACAGAUUGUAAAGAUUUUAUAUAAAUUGUAAGAUUUUGGUUUAAUAUUUAUAUUAGAAAAAAAAUUAAAAUCACACUUCAUGCCU